CCGCCAGUUCACUCGUCGGUUGAACACCGCGGCCUGGUGGUGCGCGGGCUAAGGACAUGUACAGCAUGAACUAUAUCGCCAAGAUCAUCAGCAACUUCCGCCUCUUUUACAACGAGAUCAACGCCGCGACUCUCACCGGCGCGAUCGACGUCAUCGUUGUCGAACAGCCGGACGGCUCCUUCACGUGCUCGCCCUUCCAUGUCCGCUUCGGCAAGCUCGGUGUACUCCGCUCCAGAGCGAAAGUGGUCGACAUUGAGAUAAAUGGAGAACCCAGGGAAAUUCACAUGAAACUUGGAGAUUCCGGCGAGGCGUUCUUCGUAGAAGAAGUCAGCUCGAGUGGAUCUCCAACGGACACUGAAAUCCCACCGCAUCUGGCCUGCUCGCCCAUACCCGACAAUUGCUUUCCACCACAAAAAUUCAAUCUGCUGUCAGAUCUGCCUCAGGAGCAGAGAGAAAAGAUUCUUAUAGACUCAGUACUUUCCAUAGAGCACGAGAAAUGGGAGCAGAUGUCCGCCUUGCCACCCGACCAGCGGGAGCAGUUUCUGAUCGAGCAGUUCUCGGAUCUUCCCGCGGAACAUCGCGAGAAAUGGCUUCAGAUUGCUUCGUUGACCGCAGAAGAGCGAGACGAGAUGUUCAAGGAAAGCUUCGGCACCAUAUCUCCAGAGCAGAAGCAGCAGAUGAUCAGGGAACAGUAUUCUGCUUUGAAAAUGGAGGACAAGGAGAAAUUGUUCAAGGAAAAUUUUCCAGAACUCUCGAUUGAGCAGCGACAGAACUUUGAGAAAGCUUUACUGAGUGACUGGAAGGAGAAAGAGGAGAAAUGGGAAGAAAAACACAACAAGAAUGAGGAUGAAGAGAUAUUUGACAUGGACGCUAUCAGUGAUGAGCAACCAAAAUCGGCAAUUUCUUGCCCGAAAUCUUUCGUAGCUGUCACUUCGUCCGAGAGAAUUCGCAAGAUCAGCGUGGUGAAGAAUGACUUUAGGCCAAUUACGGAUGACCCCCAGAGCAGUAGUAAGGAAAAAUCUAGUGACGAAUCAAAUGGUUCUUUGAAUAAGAAGAAUUUGAAGGAAGAAAACGUUGAUGAGGGCAAGAGUAACAAUUCGAUCAAGAGAAAACGCAAGAGGAAGAGUAUCAUGAAGAAGAAAGGCUCGCAGAGGAAAACCAGCAAUGGCAGUAGCAGCCAGACAGAAUUGAGCGAAAUUGAUGCAGUUUUUACUGAAGAGAACUCAAUUAGUGAAACGGGCCCCACUCCAUUGGUAGAAGAAGAAAAAAAGAAUGCUGCGUUGGAAUCAUUGACAUCUCAGGACAUAAUUGAGAAACGACCUGAAACUGAUUUCCACUUCUUCAGUGAUUCAGAAGUUACCAAAAAUAAGGACUCUAGACCGUGUUCGCCCGUUCAAUCAGACACGGAAUUCGAAGUACGUAAAAUCAUACAAGAGGGUAGCGAGAGGGAGGACGAUAAAGGUCAUCAGCAGAGUUGGAGAUGGGGCGAACUGCCUAGUCCACCCCCGGAGUCGGCGCAUAUGUCGCAUAGGAAUUCAUUAAAUUCUUUGGCAACAGCUAGUCAACCGAAUAAAGAUGCACAACGGUCUGUGCUCAGUGGCAUGUUCUCCUUUAUGAAGAAGACUUCUCGCGUAAGACACAAUCCGGAAUCUGAGGGAAUUUAUCUUAGCGAUCUUAAUGCCGACGAACUGGACCCCGAAGUUGCGGCUUUGUAUUUUCCAUCCUCGCAUCGAGGCCCAACGGUUAAAGAUAGAAAAGCAACGGAUGAAGAAGAUACAGAGUCGGGUAAUGGGCCGAGCCUACCUCAGAGCCCCAACAGUGUUGAGGGAGCCAUUGGUGGACCAAAGUCUCUGGAUAGCGAUUUCGAGGAACCAAAACAUUCUAUUUUCGAUAAUAGCAUAGAAAUAAGUAUAUCUCUGUGCGGUGGUUUGGACACUGAAAACGGACCAUCCAAGGAAGCAUUCAACGAAAAUUUACUGCAUUUUGAGGAUGUCUGUAACGAUCCGAAAUUAUACGAGAAUCCGAAUCUAGUCGUGAAAAUCAAUGGGAAAUUCUAUAAUUGGACUACAGCUUGUCCGAUAGUGUUGACUUAUGUUGUUUUCCAAAGACACUUACCACAAAGCGCAAUUGAAAAUCUCUACAUGUCAUUGCCGGUGCACGAUGAUAAGAAGCAAGAGAGCAGCGGCAAGCCUGAAAGUCGUAGUGGAUAUAGUUCAUGGUUUUCUUGGAGACGUUCUGCACAACCUCCCAAAAAGCCGCAAGAUGCUAAUCAAAAUGAUGAAAUUGCUGUGCAGACAUCUGAACAGUCUUUGGAAGCUAAGGCUAUGACAAGUGAUGAUUUAGCUAAUUCUACUAACAGGGAAGUAAAGUCUGAGCAAAUCACAGAUUCGUCAAGCUCAACCGAGAUAAUGGAAACUUGUACAAGAUUGACAAUUACACCCAACGAAACUACACUUUCAAAGACUGAGAAAACACGUGAGGGCGAAGGCGAAGGGUACAGCGGCGGUGAGGAUUCUGAUAGUAAUCACAACGAACCAGCAGGUAUCAAGAUACCUGUGGAAAGAAGACCAUAUUACGAAUCCACGGAAAAGUAUCGUAAAACUCUGCGACUGUCGUCCGAACAGAUAGCUAGUCUCGAGCUGAAGGACGGUGCUAACGAAGUAGUUUUUAGCGUAACCACCGCUUACCAGGGUACGAAACGCUGCAAAUGUCAUAUCUACAAGUGGAAAUGGGAUGACAAAAUCGUCAUCUCUGACAUCGAUGGCACCAUUACGAAAUCCGAUGUCCUGGGUCACAUCUUACCGAUAGUGGGGAAGGACUGGGCUCAAUCCGGGGUAGCUCAACUAUUUACAAAGAUAAAAAACAACGGCUACAAGUUACUAUACCUUUCUGCGAGAGCAAUUGGCCAGGCUGGAGGAACUCGGGAAUAUCUGAGGAACUUGAGACAGGGGGAUCUUUCGCUACCGGAAGGACCAUUAUUAUUGAAUCCUACGAGCUUGAUCCUAGCGUUCCAUCGCGAAGUGAUAGAGAAGAAGCCGGAAGAAUUCAAGAUAUCUUGUCUGAAAGACAUUCAAGCAUUAUUCCCUGAAGGAUCCGAACCGUUUUAUGCCGGAUAUGGAAAUCGCAUAAAUGACGUAUGGGCGUACCGAGCAGUAGGCAUUCCUAUAAUGCGGAUCUUUACCAUAAAUUAUCGAGGAGAAUUGAAGCAUGAAUUGACACAGACAUUCCAAUCUUCGUAUUCGAACAUGAGCUUCAUCGUUGAUCACGUAUUCCCGGCGUGGCGAGAAGACGCGGCGGACGAAUUCAGUAAUUUCGCGUAUUGGCGAGAUCCGAUACCUGAAGUACCGAAACUCGAGGAGCUCUAUACUCAAGCUCAAGCUACCUAAGAAAUUUCCUGUAUUCUGCAACCGUGUUAUUUGCUUGAACUACGAACGACGAAUAUUAUAUUUAACUAACUUUUAUACUCUGUGCGUUGUUCGCAGUGACUUAGACAGGUGUGAUUGUCUAAUGAAUUGAAUUUAUUUACUUUUAGCAUUAUAUGAAUGUCUAAUGUAAUACGAAAAAGUCUUGCUAAUAUGAACGUUUAUCAACGCUCUCUUCGUAUAUUAGAGAUUUGUUGAUUAGAUGUUAAGUGAUCAUUUUGUCAAUGAUCAGGUGAGAGAUUACUUAUAUAUGUAUAAAAAUUACGUUAUAUAUAUAUAUAUAUAUAUAUAUAUAUAUAUAUAUAUAAAACACACACACAAAUACACAUAUAUAUUUUAUAUAUAUGUAUAGUAUGUAUACAUAUGUAUAUGUUAUAUAUAAAAAUUACAAUAUGUAACUUAUAUAUAGAUGUAUUGUAUCAUUUAUAUGUAAGUUCGUAAUAAGAAUAAGAGUUUUAUUACAUAUAUGUAAUCUCUCUUCGAAGAGUAAAUUUCAUUGAGAAUGUGUGACAAAACAUUCCACAGUUUCAUUACAUAAACAAUGAGAUAUCUUUGUGUUAAAUGAUACCAAAUACAUUCUGUAUUUCAAUCGGAUUUAAUCACACCAGUCAAUGUACACAGCGUGCCUAGAAACUAGAUACACUAUAGUUACGUGCUUUACAGUGUAACGAACAGCGAGUCUUGUAUCGCACACUAUACCUCAGGAGUCUGCAAACUGUUCCAUUUUUUUGUCAGAACCAGAGUAAAAUGCUCUUUGGGAAUUGUUAAUUGAGAGUUUCUUAAUCUUUGUCGCUUAGCGCGACUCGAUGUAUUUGUGGCUCCUGCUAGAGAACUUCGCUUGUUACUGCACACGUGCAAGUUUUAUACGAGCAUAUAUAGUUGUCCACAUACAUGUCAGUUUUCUACAUUGAGAUGCGUUGGAAUUUCGCUUAAUAAUCAAUAAUCUUCUAGGACGUAAGUUGUAUUAGCAGGUGGAUAGUUAAAUGUUUACCGCUCUUACGUUCCCUAUUUUUAGAUAGUUAUAAUUUCAGAGAGCUAUAAUUUAUUUUUGUAUAAGAUCUCGAUUAAGUUAGUGUGCUGUGAAAUUGCCAUAUCCUCGAAAUGAUACUAUCAUUUAAAUUGUGAUAUUCUGAUCAAACUAGGAAUUACGAAAUAGAUAACGUGUACAAACAUGGAUUUCCUUUGAAUACUUGCGUUAAGAUAGUCGUAUAAAAUGAGUACCCUAUAUUCCGUAUGUGACCUAAUUUUUAUUUGCUAUUGUUUUUUUCUCAAUCAUGGUUGUCCUCUAAUCAAAUACAUUCUACCAGCUUUUGAUCUUUACCAUACGUUACCUAAAAUAUUUUUUAUGUAUAGAUUAAGUUAUCAUCAUUGUUUUAAGUUUGAUUAACGUCAUGUAAAUUUAUUGACGAAUCCAUUCCUCGUCCUUCUCGAGUCAUGCGAUUGAAGCAACAAAAGUACAACUGUAUCCAACCAAAGAGGAUAGAGUUAUGUUCGCAAUAGAUUAUGUUUUUUAUUACGUGAUAAUGCAUUCACUAUAGACCAAUGAGACAGGGAAAUUGCAGUACAAGAAUAAUUUUAAAUGCAUCUCGAUUUAGAUAUAUGUGGCACAGAAUGACAAGGAAUUUAUGACAAAAAGAGAGAUACUGUAUACACAUUACGUAUUGUUGAUUUAGAACUUUAAAUUAACUAUUUUUAAUUAACUAUUAUAUAUAUGGUAUGAUGUAAUAUUACACUGUACAUUUAUUUGUUUAAUAUUUAAUUUGUAGUAUUUAUCUAUUUUGUUAAAAGAAUUAUUUGGUACAAAUACAUUUAGACAAUGUUUAUUUAUAAUUUUCUGUAUUUUAUUUUUUUAUAAUUUAUGUAUCAGAUUAUCAUGGCAUAAUUAUUUUCUGCAAUAAUGAAAAGGAUUUUCCAUUUUUAAGCAAGUCUAGGAUUGAAUAAAUUGGAGAUAAAGCAUAACAGUAAUGAAUAUAUUGAUGUAAUUAUUAAACACAUCUUUCUAAUAAUCUGAAUAAUCUAAUUUUUACAAGUGAAGAUAAUGUGCAGAAAUUAUUAUAAGAUACUAUUAAAAAUUUAUGUUGAAUAAGAUGACAUAUAUUCAUUAAGUUUCAUGUAUCAGUAAUAGUAUCACAUUACCUGUAAGAUGAUCUCAUCGUAAUGCAACUUGUUUUAUUGAAUUUAGUUUACUUAAUUCUUAUCUCUUAGCACACAGUAUUAGCACAUCCCUCUAAACUUCUAUAUAUAAUAAAUGUAUGACCUGUAUCCUUUGAAGUCACAAACAAUAAAAAUUAUGAAAAUG